UCUUUCUUCCUUUCCUCUUUUCUUUUCUUCUAUCUCUGUUGUUCUCUGUUACAUAACUUUCCUUUUCUCCAAUGAAUCUUCUCUUCUUCUCUUCUUCUUCUUCUUUAAUAUGCCUUCUUUUACUACAUUUUUCUGUAGUUUCAUUAGCAGGUUUAAAGAACCACCAAAAUCAACAUAAAAAGCCAAAUCUUUUGGCUAAUUUAACUUCAUGUUCUCUGUUUAUGGGUUCAUGGGUUUAUGAUGAAACUUAUCCAUUAUACCAAUCUUCUUCUUGUCCAAUUAUUGACUCACAAUUCAAUUGCCAAAAUUUUGGUCGACCUGAUACUGAUUAUCUUAAGUAUAGAUGGAAACCUGCCAAUUGUGAUAUUCCCAGGUUUAAUGGGUUGGACUUUGUGAGGAAAAUGAGAGGAAAGACAGUGAUGUAUGUGGGGGAUUCUUUAGGAAGGAACCAAUGGCAGUCUUUGAUUUGUAUGAUUUCAGCUGCGGUUCCACGUGCUCGAACACAGAUGAUCACGGGUGAUCCUAUCUCUACUUUCAAAUUCCUGGAUUAUGGAGUGAGUGUAUCAUUUUACAGAACACCAUAUUUGGUAGAUAUAGACUCAGUACAAGGGAAGAAUGUGCUGAGGUUAGAUGAUAUAAGUAAGAAUUCCAAUGCUUGGAAAGGUGUAGAUGUCUUGUCUUUCAACACUGGCCAUUGGUGGACUCACAAAGGCUCUCUCCAAGGGUGGGACUACAUGGAUGCAGGUGGGACAUUGUAUCAAGAUAUGAACAGGCUAGUGGCAUUAGAGAGAGGUCUAAGGACAUGGGCAAGAUGGAUUGAUGCCAAUAUUGACAAAACUAGAACCAGACUCUUCUUUCAGGGCAUUUCACCUACACACUACAACCCAAAUGAAUGGACCACCGGUGCAACAGCGGCGACAUCGAGAAGUUGUUACGGCGAGACCGUGCCGAUGACCGGCACGGCGUAUCCGGGUACGUACCCAGAUCAAAUGAAGGUGUUGCAGUCAGUAAUGAGGGACAUGAACAACCCUCCUUUUCUUUUGGACAUAACUUUUCUAUCAGCAAUGAGAAAAGAUGCACACCCUUCUAUCUAUAGUGGUGCUCUCACCUCUGAACAAAGAGCAAAUCCUGACCAUUCUGCUGAUUGUAGUCAUUGGUGUCUUGCUGGUUUGCCUGAUACUUGGAACCAACUUUUUUACACUGCCCUUUUCUUUUAGCAUUUGGUAUAUUUGUUCUUUUCGGGGGCAUCUCAUAAAAUUGGAACGAUACAGAAAAGAUUAGCAUGACUCCUGCACAAAAAUGAUACGCACAAAUAAUCAAGAAUGGUGGUAUAUUUGCUCUUUUUUCUUUUUUCUCGUUGCUUGAUAUGUUUUGCUCACAAUUGAUGCAAUUCAUUUUAGGACACCUUUACAAAGAUCAAACAUGUACUUGAGUAAAGUUUCAUUUCCUGUUAAUGUAAAUGCUUAACAAAUAUAUCUUGUUCAUUUUGUAAUUAUUUAUUUA